CUGUCAGUUUGUAGCGUGUUGUCUAACUUGUUACACAUAUUUAUUUCGACAUGCUUAGCAACAAAGAUAAAAAUCCCCUUAAGAAAAUAAUAAACCAGAUUAUUAAUUAAAAAUACCACUCUGCAAGGUGUCAGCAUGGAUUUCGAUAGCCCAGACGUAAUGAAAGAUUUCCCAGGCUUAUACGCUUCGGAAUUAAACAAACAGUGCAAUAAUGACAGCGAUUAUAGUGACGAAAAUGAAAAAGCCAUGAAAAAAGAUCUAAUCGGCAAACGAAAAGAGAAGAAAGACAAAGAUAAAGGUUAUGCUGCGCUAGAAGGGGAAAGUUCAGCUGACGAAAAUUUCAAAUCAAGAAGCCCGUCGAAAACGAAAAAAGCCAAGUCUUUCAAAUUUUCCACUAAAACUAAAGAGAAACGGGACAAAUCUAGGGAGAAGGAAAAAGAUGGGGACAAGAAGAAGGACAGAGACAAGAAAAACGACAAGAAACUUGACAAGGAAAAGGGCAAAAAUGAAAAAACUAAAAAACUCAAACAGUCCCUAGAUGAAACUGCGGACAUUGGCGAUAUCUUGCCGAUUUUUGGAGCUAGUAUAGAGGUGGCUGUGGAAAGAAGCCGGUGCCAUGACGGUGUUGACAUUCCUCUACCUGUACGGGAAUGUAUAGACUAUGUAGAAACCAUAGGAAUAUCGUUUGAAAGCGUGUACAAAAUCAGCGGGACAAAAUCGAAGGUUUUACAAAUACGUAAGAUGUAUAACCAGCGCGGCAAUAUUAAUUUAAGUGAUUAUGAUACUCCUACAAUAACAAGUCUGUUAAAAACGUAUUUAAGGGAUUUGCCUGAACCGGUGUUUACUAACGACCUUCUUAUUAGAUUCGAGGAGGCGGGAGCCAUCCUUAACUUAAACACAAGAGAAAAACAUCUUAAAAUUUUAGUCGAUAACUUACCUCCUUAUAAUAAAUUAUUAUUAGCUUGGCUUAUUACCCACUUACAUAAUGUUUCAUUAAAUGAGAAAUUUAACAAAAUGAGCAAGCAGAACUUAUCCACAGCUUUAAAUCACACUUUCCAUUGCUCCUCUCGUCUUCUACACGCAUUACUCCACCACUGUCCAGCCUUAUUUCCAAAUACGAGGAUAGAAAGGUAUGUUCCGCCUCUCGAAUCUGGGGCGAAAUUACCCGAACACCCCGUCGAGAUCGACAGAGAAUUAAAAAAACAAGAAUCUCUAUUGACUCAAAUACACAAAGAGAUGAACGUCUGUUGCAUAUCAAAACAAAGAGAAGAACUGUUAUGGGAAGUACAAAGAAUAAUCACUCAACUAAAGCGUAAACUGAAAAGUGCGAACAAAGAUAAAGAAGUGGUUGAGAAAGUAGAAGUAGUUGAAGAAAAAGAAGAAGUAAAAGAAGAGAGCCAAGAACCUAGUGAUACUCAUCAGAAGAAGCAAAAUUUAUCAAGUGUACCUGAAUGUCAGUGUGAAGAUAUUAGUCCUGUUGACAUAGAAGAGUGUGAUGUUAAUACAGAGUCUGUUUUGGAUAACACCUUGGCGUUGUUACAGUUGAAAAACGACGGUUUACACUCACUGAGGGAUUCUCUACUUAAAGAUAUUCAAGAGGAGCGCAAUCAGAUUCUCAUGCUAAAGAGCCAGUUGACGCCGGAAAUGCCUCCAGUGAUGAUGAUUCCCAACGAGAAUUUAGACGAAGUCAUGGACUUGUUUCUUAAAGAGAAUCAGAUUUUACAAAUAAAGAAGAUCAAUUUGGUGAGACAGAUUAUAGAAGAGCAGGAGAUGUGCAUCGAGCUGAAAGCGCAAAUUAUUUCCAAGUCGUAACUGUGUUAUCCAGUAUUACUGUAAUGUGUAUAUAAUAUAUGUUUAUGAGUUAA